CAAUCCAUUUACAAUCGGAUAAACGAAUUGAAGGCUUUCGAUGAAACAAAAUCAGGAGUGAAAGGCCUGGUAGAUUCAGGUUUAUCAAAGAUUCCGACCAUUUUCAUCAAUGAAGAGUACAAGCUUGAGAGAAACAACAACAUCCAUAACCAGAAAUCUAGAGGCUCCACCAACAAUGGCGGAAUCCCGAUCAUAGACUAGACCGGCGUCGACGAUGAUCCAAAUUAACGUCGCGAAAUAGUGAAGAAAGUUGGAGAAGCUUGCGAGAAAUGGGGUUUCUUUCAAAUUAUCAACCAUGGGAUUCCAGUAACGACUUUGGAUGAAAUGAUGGAUGGGAUUGGGAGGUUUCAUGAACAAGAUAAGGAAGCUAAGAAAGAGUUUUAUUCUCGAGAUAUAACCAGGAAAGUGUAUUAUAAUAGUAAUUUCGAUCUUUAUUUGGCUGAAGCAACCAAUUGGAGGGAUACUUUGAGUUGCGUUAUGGCACCUCGUGGACCUCUUCCUCAACAACUGCCCGCUGUUUGCCGAGAUAUAUUCAUAGAAUAUUCAAACAAAGUGAUGAAAUUAGGGCAUACUUUGUUGGAAUUGUUCUCGGAAGCUUUAGGUCUGAACCGGAGUUAUUUGGAAGAUAUUGGGUGCGGUGAGGGACUGUUUGUGAUGGGCCAUUACUACCCACCGUGCCCUGAACCGGACUUGACAUUGGGCACUAGCAGUCACACCGAUAGUGGCUUCUUCACCAUACUUUUACAAGAUCAAAUCGGCGGACUUCAAGUCCGCCAUCAAAAUCAAUGGCUUGAUGUUAAUUCUAUAGAUGGAGCUCUUAUUGUAAAUUUGGCCGAUAUGAUGCAGUUAAUAUCUAAUGACAAAUUUAUUAGUGUUCAUCAUAGAGUGCUUGCUAAUACAAGAGGCCCAAGAGUUUCUGUAGCAAGUUUCUUUAGAACACAUCUUCUACCAGAGAAUGCUUCAAUUCUUUAUGGACCAAUCAAGGAAUUGAUAUCUCAAGAAAACCCUCCACUUUAUAGGGAAACUACUACCAAAGACUUUGUGCCAAACUACUACUUCAAAGGGCUUGAUUGUAAAACUCUUCAAUACCUUAAGUUAUGA